AUGUCCAUUCAAACAGUUGAUAACUCGAACACAAGAGAUACAAGUGGAUUGUCCCUAAUCGCUGCCCAUUCUCACAUCUCGGGACUAGGCUUGGAUGACAACUUACAGCCACGUCAAGAGCCUUCACAAGGUUUGGUGGGCCAGUUCAAGGCCCGUAAGGCUGCAGGUAUCAUCCUCAAGAUGGUUGAGAACGGCAGUAUUGCAGGUCGUGCUGUUUUGAUUGCUGGGCCUCCUUCCACCGGUAAGACUGCGUUGGCUAUGGGAUUGAGCCAGUCCCUGGGUAAGGACGUUCCCUUCACUGCAAUUGCCGGUUCUGAGAUCUUUUCCCUUGAGCUGAGCAAGACAGAGGCCUUGACACAGGCCUUUAGAAAGUCGAUCGGUGUGAAGAUCAAGGAAGAAACCGAGAUUAUCGAAGGUGAAGUUGUUGAGAUCCAAAUUGACAGAUCAAUCACAGGGGGUCACAAGCAAGGUAAGCUAACCAUAAAGACCACUGAUAUGGAAACCAUCUAUGAACUUGGUAAUAAGAUGAUUGAAGGGUUGACGAGUGAAAAGGUGCUCGCCGGAGAUGUCAUCUCCAUCGAUAAAUCAAGUGGUAAGAUCACCAAGCUGGGUCGUUCAUUUGCUCGCUCAAGGGACUACGAUGCCAUGGGGCCUGAUACAAAGUUCGUUCAGUGUCCUGAAGGUGAGUUACAGACCCGUAAAACCGUUGUUCAUACGGUAUCCUUACACGAGAUUGACGUUAUAAAUUCAAGAACUCAAGGUUUCUUAGCGUUGUUCUCUGGAGAUACAGGUGAGAUCAGACCAGAGGUUAGAGAACAGAUCAAUACAAAAGUUGCAGAAUGGAAGGAAGAAGGCAAAGCUGAGAUUGUUCCAGGUGUUCUGUUCAUCGAUGAGGUUCACAUGUUGGACAUUGAAUCGUUUUCCUUUAUAAACAGGGCCUUGGAGGAUGAAUUUGCACCAAUUGUGAUAAUGGCAACAAAUAGAGGUGUCACCAAGACAAGAGGAACCACGUACAAGUCACCACAUGGACUACCAUUGGACCUCUUGGAUAGAUCCAUCAUCAUUCAAACAAGUCCUUAUAACGAAGAUGAGAUCAAACAGAUCCUUUCGAUAAGGGCACAAGAGGAGGAAGUCGAUUUGGAGACAGAUUCUUUGAAUCUCUUGACGAAGAUUGGACAAGAAACUUCAUUGCGUUAUGCUUCUAAUUUGAUUUCAGUUUCUAACCAGUUGGCAACAAAGAGAAGAAGCAACGCAGUUGCUUUGGAGGACGUGAACAGAAGUUAUCUCUUGUUCUUGGACUCUGCAAGAUCCGUUGCCUUUGUCAAUGAGUUUUCAGAGCAAUACAUCGACGACCAAGGUCAAGUCAACAUCGGUGGUAAACGUGAAGAUCAAGAUGCAAUGGAUACAUCUGCCUGA